CCAAACCUUUCUUACCAAACAAACCGAAGGGUCAGACGGAACAGCUUCUGCCAAAACCUUUUACAAUCUUGUUUUCUCAUAGUUCCAAAAUCUCGGGUCUCCAAGCAAAAAGAAAUGGAACAUUUUCAAUGUCACAGGGUGGAAAUUGUAAGCAUAGCCGUGGCCGUGGCUGCCAUUGGCGCCGCUACUGCUUACUAUUUAUAUGUUACAAAGAAACCCAAAGGCUGCUUGGAUCCUGAAGAUUUCAAAGAAUUCAAACUUGUUAAACGCACUCAACUCAGUCACAAUGUGGCUAAGUUUAAGUUUGCUCUUCCCACACGAACAUCAGUUUUGGGUCUUCCAAUUGGACAGCAUAUGAGUUGCAGAGGAAACGAUCAGCAUGGUGAUGAUGUUGUCAAGCCAUAUACUCCAACGACUUUGGAUUCUGAUUUAGGAUACUUUGAACUAGUCAUAAAGAUGUAUCCUCAAGGAAGGAUGUCCCACCACUUCCGGGAGAUGCGCGAAGGUGAUUACUUGGCUGUGAAGGGACCCAAGGGGCGCUUCAAGUAUCAACCUGGCCAAGUUAGAGCAUUUGGUAUGCUGGCUGGGGGCACUGGCAUCACUCCAAUGUUCCAGGUUGCUAGAGCCAUAUUAGAAAACCCUAAUGACAAGACUAACGUUCAUCUUAUUUAUGCCAAUGUUACCUACGAGGACAUUCUGUUAAAGGAAGAGCUGGAUGAGCUUACCAGUAAAUUUCCUAAUCGCAUGAGUGUGUACCAUGUUCUGAAUCAGCCCCCUGAAGGAUGGGAUGGUGGUGUUGGAUUCAUAUCCAAGGAAAUGAUUCAAGCCCACUGCCCUGCCCCUGCUGAAGAUAUUCAGAUUUUGAGAUGUGGACCGCCUCCCAUGAACAAGGCUAUGGCAGCUCAUCUAGAAACUCUUGGAUACUCUUCCCAAAUGCAAUUCCAGUUUUAAUCUCCAGUCUGACGGUGCUGCUGUCACUUAUAUCACUUUACUGAUGGCCUACAAAUUUUUAAGUGAACCCUAAACUGAAAGUGACGUCCAAUCACAAAAGAAACUCAUCUCUUUGGUCUACGAGGUGGUUGAGAUUUGAUUCUUUUAGCUAAAGGUUUACCGCUACAAUAAUUUUUAGGAUCAGGAUGGAGAAUAUUUGGUUUUCAUGCUGUACUUGUCACAUCUUUUACAGGCAAAUUUUGCUCCUUUUAGAAACAAACUUCCAUAAUUGACUUCA